AUGACAAAAGAAAAGGUUGUCACUGGCAGCUGUCUCUGUCGCAAAGUCACCGGGUCUAUUUGUAUGGCUAACAGCUUCUAUCUCAAACCACAAAUACGCAUUCUUUCCGGAGAAGAUAGUCUCAAAGUGUACGACGAUGGCCAGACUGCGUCUGGAAAUGUUCUGAAUCGUUCCUUCUGCUCAAACUGUGGAUCCUGUCUGUUUACUACGAGGAUGGUUGAUGGGGUGACUCAAGACGGUGUGGUUCUGUCCUCUGGGACGUUCGACUUGAGCGAAGGGGAGGAGCAAUGGGUUCCUCAGAAGGAGUUUUAUUGUAAGGAUCGGGCUGCUUGGUUGCCACCCUUAGAUAAUACUGUUCAAUUCAGUACUAUGUAG